AUUGCGAAGGAGUUUUUGAUUAGAGAGAGAAGAGGGACACUCUGGCAGGCAUAGUUGCGGUUUGCUGAUACCAAAUUUCAGCCAACCACACAACAACAACCAAACGGAAGGGAAUCAUAAUGGCGGAUCCGAUCCUGGCACCACCAAGAUCCGCCACGGACCUCUUUUCCGAUCCCCUGGACGCCCAUCCGCUGUGGUUCAAACCGGCGUCAUUCCUCUCCCCGGACUUCGAUUCCGAAUCGUACAUUUCGGAGCUUCGCACUUUCGUCCCCUUCGACACGCUCCGCUCCGAGCUCAACAACUACCUCUCUUCCCUCAACCACGAACUAAUUGACCUUAUUAACCGUGACUACGCUGAUUUCGUCAAUCUCAGCACCAAGUUAGUGGAUGUUGACGCAGUUGUGGUGCGAAUGCGGGCCCCGCUGGUCGAGCUCCGGGAGAAGAUCGAGCAGUUCAGAGGAUCCGUUGAGGUUUCGCUGCUUUCCAUUAAGAACCGCUUGAACCAAAGAUCGGAGACGGCCUCCGCUAGAGAGACGUUGGAGCUUCUCCUCGACACGUUUCACGUCGUCUCUAAGGUUGAGAAGCUAAUAAAAGAGCUGCCUAGUGUACCCACGGAUUGGUCAAAUGGAGAUGUAAAUUUGUCAGAGAGGACUUACUUGAGCAAUGGAGUUUCUGUGCAACAGGUUGAGAAUGAGACAAGUAUCAGAGAGACUCAAAGCAUGCUGUUGGAAAGAAUUGCCAGUGAGAUGAACAGACUAAAGUUCUAUGUCACACAUGCAAAGAAUCUUCCUUUUAUUGAGAAUAUGGAGAAGAGGAUUCAAAAUGCAAGCCUAACAGUAGAUGCAAGCUUGGGACAUUGCUUUGUAAAUGGUUUGGAGCACAGGGAUGCAACUGCAAUUUACAAUUGCUUACGUGCAUAUGCUGCUAUAGAUAACACCAAGAAUGCAGAAGAAAUCUUUCGAAUUACUGUUGUGGCUCCAUUGAUACAAAAGAUAAUUCCACAUGGAUCAUCAGCUGUGGUGGCUGGGUCAUCUGGGGAUGGUCUUGAAAAUGAUUAUCAACUAAUUAAGGAAUGCAUUGAUAAAGACUGUAAAUUUUUAUUGGACAUUUCUUCAGCUGAAAAUUCAGGUUUGCAUGUCUUCGAUUUCUUAGCUAAUUCAAUCCUUAAGGAGGUUCUCUCUGCGAUUCAGAAGGGAAAACCAGGUGCAUUUUCUCCUGGAAGACCGACAGAGUUCUUGAAAAAUUACAAAUCAAGCUUAGAUUUCUUGGCUUAUCUAGAAGGCUACUGUCCAUCAAGAUCUGCUGUUGCCAAAUUUCGAUCUGAAGCAAUAUAUAUUGAAUUCAUGAAGCAAUGGAAUAUUGGAGUAUAUUUCUCUUUGAGGUUUCAGGAAAUAGCAGGGUCUCUAGAUUCUAUGCUUACAACAUCUAGUCUUGUCCCUGUUCAAAAUUCAGAUGCUGGUGAAAAAAAUUACCAAGGUUUAACAUUAAAGCAAAGUGUUACUCUGUUAGAGAGUUUGAGAUCAUGCUGGAGAGAAGAUGUUCUUGUCCUUUCUUGUUCUGACAGAUUCCUUCGCCUAUCCUUGCAGCUUCUUUCUAGGUACUCAAGUUGGCUCUCAUCUGGACUGACUGCACGGAAAAACCACAACACAAGCACUGGUCCUGGGUGUGAAUGGGCUGUUUCAGCUGUCAUAGAUGACUUCAUUUUUGUUAUUCAUGAUAUAAGAUAUUUGGAGGAGCAGGUUCGUGGUGAUUACCUACAGCACGUGCUUCAGCUUUUGUCUUCAUGCUCCCCUGAUGUUCUGGAAUCAAUAAAGCAGAGCAUUUUACUGGGUGGUCAAUCGUUAAAAUCUAUAGAACCUUUAGUCAUCAAAGCAGUGGUGGAGUCAUUAGUGGAAAAGUCAGUUGAGGACUUGAGACAAAUGAAGGGUAUAACAGCAACGUAUAGGAUGACUAAUAAACCUCUACCUGUGAGGCAUUCACCAUAUGUUUCAGGGGUAUUGCGUCCCCUUAAGGCUUUUUUGGAUGGGGAAAGAGCUACAAGAUAUUUGGCUAGUGACACUAGGAGCGAAAUACUCCAUUAUGCUGCAACUGAGAUUACGGAUCGUUAUUAUGAAUUAGCUGCCGACCUUGUUAGUGUGGCAAGAAAGACAGAGUCUUCGCUCCAGAAAAUUAGGCAGAGUGCACAGAGACGAGCUGGAGCAAGUUCAGAUAUCUCAGAUAAUAACGUGUCUGACACUGAUAAAAUCUGUAUGCAGUUGUUCCUUGAUAUCCAGGAGUAUGCCCGUAAUCUCUCCGCACUUGGGGUUGAAGCAGUCAAUAUUGCAUCCUACCGUUCAUUGUGGCAAUGUGUGGCUCCUGUAGAUAGGCAAAACACAAUUAAUCUAUAAGAGUUUGAUCCAGUGGAGUUAAUGCGGCUUGUAGAUUGCUUUCUUUUUGGGUCAAGAGUUUAUUUUUUGUAAUUUUACUUAUGAAAUCCAGAUACACAUUUGUUAUCACGAUUCUUAAUAUGGAAGAAAAAAGUAUAUUGCUCGUAAA